AUGGGCUUCUCAACUACUGCCGAGUUCCACCAGGCAAGGCCCCCGCAUGCCUUCCAAACCGUGCAAGAUACGUUUGUCGCUGGGGUAUCCAAGAACAAAGAAUGGAGACGCCAGCAGUUGCAACGGACGUGGUGGAUGAUUGAGGAGAACAAGGAGCGCAUCGCAGAGGCGCUUCACGCUGACCUCCACCGACACCGUCAGGAGUCAAUAUUCUCUGACUGCUCCGGCGUCCAGAAUGAUAUCUUGCACACUCUCAAAGAUCUAGAUGAGUGGACCAAGGAUGAUAAGCCGACCAGAUGGAACAUCAUCAACUUUAUGGGAGGCACAACCGUUCGCAAGGAGCCCAAAGGCGUGGUCCUUAUCAUCGGUGCUUGGAACUUCCCAAUCUUACUGCUCUUGCAGCCCAUGAUCGCUGCCAUCGCUGCUGGCUGCACCGUGAUCCUUAAACCAUCGGAUAUGGCGCCCGUGUGCCAGGAUCUUCUUAUGGAGAUUAUCCCGAAAUACUUGGAUUCUGAUGCUAUCCGUAUUAUUUCUGCCGGUCCACAGGAGAUGAGCCACAUUCUCGAGCACCGCUUCGAUCAUAUAUUUUAUACUGGAUCCGGGAAUAUCGCAAAGAUAGUAUAUGCUGCGGCUGCAAAGCAUCUCACGCCGGUUACACUGGAACUCGGCGGCCAGGGCCCAGCUAUUGUUACCUCGACAGCCAACAUCGACCUUUCAGCAAAGCAUAUAGCGGCCACCAAGUUCCAAAACGCAGGCCAGAUCUGUCUUAAUGUGAACCACAUCCUUGUCAACCCUCAGGUCCACGACGCUCUCGUCAAAGCCUUAAUCCACCACUUCAACAUCUUCAUGGGCGGCCAAGAUAACCGACCCGAGUACUACACACACAUCAUCAACGAGCGUAACUUCGACCGACUAGAACGCCUCCUUAAAUCAACAUCCGGCCAAAUCGUCUACGGUGGUCAACGCGACCGCUCAACUCGAUUCUUUGCACCAACCAUCGUAACAGGCGUGAAACCAGGCGACAGUCUUCUCUCCGAAGAACUCUUUGGUCCCAUCCUCCCAAUCAUGGAAUCUGAUCUCGACACUGCCCUCACAUUCACCCGAGGAACCGGCCAACCUCUCAGCGCAUACGUGUUCACCCAAGACCAAGCCGAGAAGGACCGCUUGCUCAACGAGAUCCAAAGCGGAGGUGUCACUUUCAACGAUUGCAUGCUCCAUGCCGGUGCCCAUGGCGCCCCAUUUGGUGGCACGGGAUCGUCGGGCUUCGGAUAUUACCAUGGCGUCCAUGGAUUCCGUGAAUUCUCUUACCUGCGCACGGUUGUCAAUGCUUUCCCGGCUUGGAUGGAGUCUUUAAUGGAUGCGAGGUAUCCGCCGUAUUCGAGGAAGAAGACCGAAGCUUUCGCACCAACUGUUAAGCCUCCUUUCGAUCGCGAUGGCAAUGAUAUUUCUCAGAGAAGCUUCACGACCUGGGCACUGGGCUUGGGGGUAUUGGCGCUUUCAGCGGGAAAGUUGGGUGCGCAUAAGCAUAUUGCGGAUCUAGCCUCGCAGUGGCUGUGA